UUGAGAUGGACGUUUUCAGGUUUCAAAAAGAAAGAGUUAUCUAUCCUCGAUAAUGACUCUUCAGCAUUAGAGGCGAAAACAUUCUUACAUCGAAAGUGAAAGUGGACUUUCCACUAACCAAACAACAGGCAUGGCAUCCCGUAGUUUAUCAGAUUCAGAUUCUGAGCCGGAGGAUGCUCUACAUAUUGGUUCCAACAAUGACGACACAGACUCCAACCAACCUCCCAGAAAGAAGGCGAAGACCAAUAGUUCUGGGACGUACAAUGACUUCUCAGCCAGGAUGAUGGCAAAGAUGGGUUACAAGGAAGGACUUGGUCUUGGUAAGAAGCAGCAGGGUCGUGUAGAAAUUGUGGAAGCAUCCAAUCAGAGAGGGAGGCGGGGUCUAGGCAUGAAGAUCAAAGGGCUGGAACCAUCAGAGGAAAUAGACUGGAACUUCGAAACAGAACAGAUAAUUGAAAAAGAAGAUGUAUCAUGGAUCCCGACGUGUUCGGAGCCAGUUCCCAGCAUUGAAAUAAUGAGAGGGUGGAAACAGAUUGGACAGAAAAAAUUAUCAAUAGACGAUGAAGCUGAAUUUUGUGAUGAAAAUGUUUUAUCAGCAAUUUUAAACAGUAAGAGUGUCUUUGAUGAGUUGGAGCCAGAAGAAAUGAGGAGAGCCAGAACAAAAUCAAAUCCGUAUGAAACCAUUAGAGGCGCGUUCUUUCUCAACAGAGCAGCUGUCAAAUUGGCUAAUAUGGAUUUUAUGUUGGACUUUAUGUUUACAUCACCAAAAGACGCACAGGGCAAACCCAUGCUCCGGCCAUCAGACAUACUAUAUUUUGCUGACAUUUGUGCUGGCCCUGGUGGUUUCAGCGAGUAUGUUUUGUGGAGAACUAAAGGGGAUGCCAAAGGAUUCGGAAUGACCUUGAAAGGUCCUUGUGACUUCAAGCUGGAGGAUUUCUUUGCUGGUCCGCCAGAGAUGUUUGAGCCUCACUAUGGUGUUGGUGGGAUCGAGGGGGAUGGUGAUAUUUUCAAUCCUGACAACCAAGCAGAGUUCAUCAAGUUUGUCAAAGACAACACCGAGGGAAAAGGAGUUUAUUUUGUAAUGGCUGAUGGGGGUUUCUCAGUCGAAGGUCAAGAAAACAUUCAAGAGAUUCUGUCCAAACAGCUUUAUCUUUGUCAGUUCCUGGUAGCCAUAUCCAUACUCAGGCCAGGUGGUCAUUUUGUCUGUAAGUUGUUUGACCUCUUCACCCCAUUCAGUGUCGGAUUAGUUUAUCUCAUGUACAGAAUAUUCCACAAAGUCAGUAUUUGUAAACCAGUAACCAGCAGGCCGGCCAACUCAGAGAGGUACAUCGUGUGUCAGGGUUUACGUGAAGACUUUGACCCGGUGAGACAUUACAUGCACGAAAUAAAUCUGGAUUUGAAUCGUCUGAUGGUCUCCACAUCAACACAAGAUGUUUGUGAGAUUGUGCCGAUGGAUAACUUGGAAUCAGAUCAGUGUUUCUUUAACUACAUAUACGAGUCCAAUGUAAACCUUGGUAAAAUGCAGAUUUCUGGAUUAAAGAAAAUUCAAUCAUUUGUUCAAAACACGCAACUGUAUGAAACCCGACAGGCAGAUGUGAGGAGAGACUGUUUAAAGAGAUGGAAUCUCCCUGAUGAAGUUAGGAAAGCUCCAACCAAAUCAAAUCCCAAGGUCAAGUUUGAGGCCCUCACUGGGGGUAGUGAUGUGGACUUUGUCUAUCAUGAUAUUGAGGACCUCUCUCCGGACACGCUCUCCAACAUCAAAACUCCAUACAACUAUCGAUGUUACGUCAUCGGAAACCAAGAACGAAAACGAUGGUACCUUCUUGGUUUGGGGAGAUCACAUGUGUUUAAAUGGGACGGAAAUCCACGGUCAAGAUGGAGAAAAUUAGAGGAAGACAAUAUCCGAAUAGAAUUACCAACAGACACACUGAUAGAAGUGGAGAUUGUCCAGGAGAUGAAGGGAGAGGGAACUGGACAAAGAAGAAUGAUGACCCUUCAUGCCCUCGACGCCAUGUUUCUCUAUGGCAAAGACAUCAGGAAUUAUCCUUUCAGAGACAGGAUUGAGAAGUUGAGGAAGUUUGUACACAGUAUCACCAAAUUGACCCGACCCGACCUGACCCAGAUCAUCAUACCUUAUAUGUACCGACUGGAGGAGGUCCACCAAGUUUUUGACCGGUUGGAGUUCCGGCGAGUGAAAGGCUCUAGUAAUCCCAGGUUGUGUUACAGUCCACCGGACCGGGUCGACGGAAGGGCCUUCCUCCCGUCUGGGCUCUGUAUAGUGAAAAUUGUUAAAGAUCCUUGGACUAUGGCCUUAAGUAAAUCAGCCAAUCAAAAAUACUUUUACAACACCCACACAAAAGAAUCAACAUUCAAUUGUCCUCCAACGAGUGUUGCUCACUGCAGUGAUUGCAAGAAAUCGAGCUAUAUCUGGAAGUUUGAAGAGGGAGUAAAGAUUCAUUCGGAUCAGACAUUCUCAGCCAACCCCAAAAAGAUCUCCAGAGACAAUUUCUUAGACUACAUUCACAUGUUGACCCCCCGGUGACAUUGAGUUGACCUUUUUACGACAGUGAGCUUUACAUCAUUUGACUUGAUUUCUCAUCGAUCUUUAUUGUCAUCAGCAGUUUUUAGCCAUUAUGAACAGAUCAUACAAUGUGUAUAUUGUAUUUCCUUACAUGCGUGUUACACAAACAUAAAAUGUUGAUUAUUUGCCUGUUUUGAUUUAUAUGUACAACCUGUUUAUAUUGUACUUUUGUUGUAAUACAAUUAUUUUAGUCUUUA